UUUUUUUAGUAUGCACGAUUACAUCUGGUUACAAUACUUGUGUAUCUAUAAAUCUGAAGUUUUGCCUAUUGCCUAAUGUCUGUGCAAAUAUUGGUAUCUUCAAGCAGCAGCAUUUCUGAGAUUGAUGAUGGCUACCAUGGAAAGUAUUCAAGUUGGCUCGAAUGCACUUAUUCUGGAAGUUCUUAACCGCACUAACUAUGAAAAUUGGAGACCGCGGGUGAAAACGUAUUUGUUAGCUGAAGAUCUCUGGGAGGUUCUAGAAGCAAUUGGGGAACCUCCAAAACUCGAAGAUGACCAAGCUGAUUAUAAGGCUUGGACCAAAAAGAAUGCGAAGGCUUUGUAUGCAAUUCAAAAUUCAUGCGGGAGGGAGCUGUUUUAUUUUAUAAGAGAAAUAGAAACAGCCAAAAAUGCUUGGGAGGUUUUGGAACAAAAGUGCCAGGUUGUGCAAGAAUACGAUGAGAACAAUGCUGACCACUUGGUGCGCUAUAAAUCGUUCAUCGGAUAUGUUUACGGUGGUGAUUGGAAUAAGGCAAAGAAGUGUCUCGGAGAUGUUGAUGUUCGCAGCAUAGCUACAGCGAUGGAUACAACAGAUGACCUUGGAGACAUAGCUCUUCAUGUAGCAGCCAGGGAAGAGCACAUCCAUAUUGUGAAAGAGUUGGUGCAUUUGAUGACACAAGAAGAUUUGAAAUCGAAAAACGCUGAAGGUGACACAGCUCUUCACCUAGCAACAUGGAAGGAGCAUGUGCACAUUGUGAAAGAAUUGGGGCCAGUGAUGGGGGAAGUGAAAGACAAUGAUGGUGACACAGCUCUUCACAUAGCAGUCCACUUAGGGAAGGUGGAUGUUGUGAAAGAGUUAGUGUUGUUGAUGAGACAAGAAGACUUGAAAAUAGAAAACGAUGAUGGCUUCACAGCUUUUCACCUAGCAGUGAAUAAGGGGAAUAUGCCUAUGGUCAAAGAAUUCGUGAAAAAUGAAAAAGGUGAGAAUAAUAUUGACAAGGACGGUUUUGAGCGUUAUAUACCGUUUACUACCUAUGGGACAAAUGGUGAUUGGGACAAGGCAAAUGAGUUUCUUAGAGAGCUUGAUAAUCCAUGUGGUGCAGUAACAGCAGUAGAUCCAAGAGACGACAACGGAUAUACUGCUCUUCACGUAGCAGUGUGGAAAGGGCAUCUGGAUGUGUUAGAAGCUAUUACCUAGUGUGUUAGAAGCUAGUGUGUUAGCUGUUAACUUCUUUUACACUUCUCCUGUCCCAUACUUCUUCUGAUUAGAUUUGAGGUUGUCCCUUUAAUUAAGGACAUCACCUUACUCAUUCUCUACAGUGGUUUAUCUUCCCUAGGAUUUUAGUUCACAUGGUGAUUAGGUUAAGAGCUUGAUCUGUUGGACUAUAGCUUGGGUUCUUACCUCUAUAUAUAGGUUGUAUCUUGUACAAGUUUUUAUAGGUUGUAUCUUG